AUGGUAAAUGAAAGGGGAAUCGAGGCCAACCCUGAGAAGAUCCAAGCUCUACUUGACAUGCGAUCGCCCACCAAGACUAAGGAAGGGCAAAGCCUAAACAGACAGGUUACGACCCUUAGCAGGUUCGUCUCCAAAUCUUCUGAUAAAUCCAUCCAAUUUUUCAAAAUCCUGAAGAAAACAAGUAGCUUCGAAUGGACGGAAGAGUGCGAGACUGCCUUCCAGCAAUUGAAAGACUACAUGGGACGGGCUUCCCUCAUGUCAAAGCCAAAAGAAGGGGAGGAACUGAUUGUCUACCUAGGGGUGUCUGAAUACGCAAUAAGCACCGCCCUGGUUCGAGAUGAAGACCGGGUUCAAUAUCCAAUAUACUAUAUUUUACAGAAGCCUGAUUCAUCCGGCCGCCUCCUCAAAUGCGCGAUCGAGCUCGCCCAAUUCAACAUAAAAUACAAGCCAAGGACAGCCAUAAAGGGUCAGAUACUAGCAGACUUCGUUGCAAAAUUUAUAGGACCGGCGGAAGAACCAGCCCCCCCAACCUCGUCAGUCUGGGAAUUAUUUGUUUAUGGCUCUUCCAGCGAGCAUGGGUCAAGAGCUGGCGUACUCCUGGUGAGCCCGGAGGGACACAAAAUCCCCUACGCAUUGGGGUUCGGGUUUAAAGAAACCAACAACGAAGUCGAAUACGAAGCACUACUAGCCGGUCUCCGCCUAGCAAAAGAAGUCAAGACAGAGCGGUUAAAAAUUUUCAACGACUCCCAGCUCGUGGUAUGUCAAGUACAAGGGGAAUAUCAGGAAAAGGGCCCAACGAUGGUAGCGUACCUCCAGAAAGUUCAGGAAUUGUUACACUUUUUCGAAGAGUGCGAAGUAAAUCAAGUCCCGUGGAGCCAAAACUCUCAUGCCGAUGCCCUAGUUCGCUUGGCUUCAGUUGGAGAAAUUGACUCAUUGGGAACCAUCCCCAUAGAAUUUCUAGCAACACCGAGCGCGGAGAAAAGAACUGAGACAUUGACGGUCGAGCUAAGGCCAGAUUCAUGGAUGAAACCAAUCAUGGACUAUUUGCAAGGGGGACAGUUGCCAAGCGACAAACUUGAGGCACGCUGCCUUAGAGCCGGGUGGCCAGAUAUUGUAUCUGCGACGAUAUGCUGUACAAACGAGGGUUCUCAGUCCCGUUACUCAGAUGCAUCGAUGAGCCUGAUUGCCAAGUGA